CCGUUGCGGUGUGCGCAGUGUGACAGUAGACUGCUCCGGGUCAGCUCUAGCUCACUCACUCUUGCUGAUAUACUAAUCACGUUUUAAAGUGAAAUUUCUUUGCGCUAAUUAAUCCAUCCCUUGCAAAUAACUGUACGAAAAUGGCGAAUGAUCCAGCCACUGAACUCCUUCAGUGCCUCGGCCCGCAAAUCAAUCCGAUGUUGAACAACAUUUUUUCUAUGCCAGAAUUUCAGUCAAUGUACAGAAAAGUUGAAGAAAAAAUAAAACAAGAUCCCAGAAAAGAAAUACUUGAAGCUGUACUUGAAUGUUCAUACAAUGAUUCAGUUACUGAGGUGAAUAAUAUAGUUAAAGAUGAAGAUGGAUUCCAGAAGGGCUUAAUGGCAAAUGACGAUUUUGAUGAGGAAUUCGUUUAUAACAACCAUGCCCCGAUGGACGAAGUCAACAGCUGCUGCACCAUGCCAUACUUCCAGGCUGGAUUUGAUCAAAAUAUAUCACUUGAUCACUUGAAAAUCUCUCAUCGUCCGAUAUCGCCGACUUCAACGUUUAGAGCGGCUUCUUCAGCAAGUCAAGUUGGUUCAUCGUCAUCGGCUGAACGCACUUCAGUUCGGCGACAGGCGAGGACGAAGAGAUUUGGCGCGGGUACGACCCGAGUCCGUUCGAGCACGGAACCCAGCUCUAGCGGUCAACCCAGUUGGCAACACAACAUUGGAACAAACACUGAGGAAGAAAAUUCUGUCUUGUUCAACCAACCUCGUGAAAGCGUAGGCGGCUAUAAUGGUUUCGGCGACGUUUUUCGUGAAGCACACAAUUGUCUCCUUGAUGCAGAAACUUCGCACAUACCCAGUAAUACUAUUCAGUUCAGAGUACCAAGUCCAUCGCUGAGUCAUAAUUCACACCGUCACAACUCUGGAGAACCUCUUCAUUAUGAUGACAGCGUAUCAGAUUCAACAUAUCCAUACUCACCUUGUCAAAGCUCCAUUACCGACAUCGAUGCUCUAUCGCCCCGUCCCUCCUCUUCCUCAUACUCGGAAGGAUCUUUUAUACAGAGUCCGUACAUGAAUGACUCAUGCACUUCUCCAGACUCUAAUCCAUCGCCAUCACCUUGCCUGCCGUUUGAGAACAAGAUUGUGGUAAAUUCAAGAGGUCAAAGUUAUUCUCUCAGUCGCAGUGGACAACCGGGAGCAUUUACGAAAAAGAAAUCGCAGCGCAUGUCUCUUGCCGGACUCACUGAGGCUGAUAAGAAGAACAGGAUUAGGGAUCAAAACAACAGAGCUUCUCGUGAAUACAGAGAAAGACGCAAGAGCAAAGACAAUUUUUUACUGACGUCUAUCAACGAACAGGAGCAAGUUUUACGUGAAAAAAAGGCCUCUCUUCAACAAUUGCAAAAUAAAAUAACAAUUCUGACACGUGUCUUCGAAGAGCGCCGAAAAAAAGGCUACUUCUAUCCCGAAUAUGAAGCCAGGAGGGAUGUUUUUUUACGGAUAGACAAAAUUUUGACUUCUAUGUAAAUAUACCGCUAAGGUCUUAAAAUGUUGAAGUAUUUUUAUGGAGAUGUUGUAUUUCUCUCAAUUACGUGUUGUAUGUUCAAUAGACAAAUUAGAAUCAUUCUAUUUUAUUAACGUUACACAUGUCGUGAAGUGAAGGACUCAUAUUGUCGGAGUUGCUUUGAUACAUUCUACAUUAUAAGUCACUAUGUAAUUUUAAUUAUAUUAUUUUGGUUCAAACAACUUUUUUAAACAAUGAGUAUGCCCCACAAUUUUAUGUACGAUUUUUUUAAAUGUAUAGGAAAUUUUAUUGCACAGUUAUCUAUAAUUCAAUAAUUUUAAAUUUGUCGUUACAUUUGUUACUGAAGAGUAGAUAAAACUAGGUAUUAUUUCAAAAUUAUUUAAAAUGCCUUCGUUUUAUAUGAAUUUUUGUUCAUAAUUUGUAAUAGAAAUUUAACUUCCCGUCGUGUGCCAUGUAUUCGCUCGUAUGCGACUCAUUCAAGAUGAAAGCUUGUACUGAUUCGAACAAAAAAUAAACUUAAAUUACAAAAAAAAAACUAGUGUAUC